AUGACAAUCCAGAAGGUGCACGGUCGCGAGGUUCUCGACUCGCGUGGUAACCCCACCGUGGAGGUGGAGGUGACGACGGAGCUGGGCGUGUUCCGCUCCGCUGUUCCUUCCGGUGCUUCCACCGGAGUCCACGAGGCGUGCGAGCUGCGCGACGACGACAAGAAGCGCUACGUGGGCAAGGGCUGUCUUCACGCUGUGAAGAACGUGAACGACGUUCUGGCCCCCGCACUGGUGGGGAAGGAUGAGCUGCAGCAGUCCACACUGGACCAGCUGAUGCGCGACCUUGAUGGAACGGCAAACAAGAGCAAGCUCGGUGCCAACGCCAUUCUUGGGUGCUCCAUGGCUAUCAGCAAGGCAGCAGCUGCACGCAAGGGCCUCCCGCUCUACCGCUACCUGGCGGAGCUGGCCGGCACAAAGGAGGUGCGUCUGCCCGUGCCGUGCUUCAACGUGAUCAACGGUGGCAAGCACGCAGGCAACGCCCUUCCAUUCCAGGAGUUCAUGAUUGCACCUGUGAAGGCGGCCUCAUUCAGCGAUGCGCUGCGCAUGGGAGCUGAGGUGUACCACUCACUCAAGAGCAUCAUCAAGAAGAAGUACGGUCAGGACGCCGUCAACGUCGGUGAUGAGGGUGGCUUUGCCCCUCCGAUCAAGGACAUCAACGAGCCACUGCCAAUCCUCAUGGAGGCCAUUGAGCAGGCUGGCCACAAGGGCAAAUUCGCCAUCUGCAUGGACUGUGCCGCCAGCGAGGCAUAUGACGCGGACAAGAAGCAGUACAACCUGACCUUCAAGGACCCCGAACCGACCUGGGUGACGGCGGAACAGCUGCGCGCCACGUACUCCAAGUGGGCCAGCGAGUACCCCAUCGUGAGCAUCGAGGACCCCUACGACCAAGACGACUUCACCGGCUUUGCCGGUAUCACCGAGGCCCUUAAGGGGAAAGCACAGAUCGUUGGUGAUGACCUGACGGUGACAAAUGUGGCACGCAUCAAGAUGGCCAUUGAGAAGAAGGCAUGUAACUCCCUUCUCCUCAAGAUCAACCAGAUCGGUACCAUCACAGAAGCCAUUGAGGCAUCCAAGCUCUGUAUGUCGAACGGCUGGUCUGUGAUGGUGUCCCAUCGCAGCGGUGAGACAGAGGACACAUACAUUGCAGACCUCGCAGUGGGUCUUGGAUCUGGCCAGAUCAAGACAGGUGCCCCGUGCCGUGGUGAGCGUACCGCGAAGCUCAACCAGCUUCUGCGCAUUGAGGAGGAACUUGGCGCACACGCCAAAUUCGGCUUCCCCGCGUGGGCAUAA